AUGCCACCAAACCGUGUCGUAAUUGAUUUAGACUCAAGUGCAGAGCCAACACCCACACCCACACCCGAACCAACCCAAACGCAAAAUCAAGCUACAGCUAAAGCUCAAGCUCAAGCUGAUCCACCAUCACUCGACACAUUAAUCAUUGGGACUCAAGAUCAAAUCACAACCUUGUCGAAACAUGCACCAUUAAUCUUGCCCAACCAGCAGCCCGACCAGCCAUAUGCCAAAACACUACAAAAGUUACGGUGCACGUACAACUACACCUAUUUGAUCAAUUGGUUGUAUAAUUUCCGUGGAUAUUUGAAACUACAAUCGGAAUUUUUCGAUGUUGAUAUUUUUGAGUUGGAGUUGUUGAAUUAUUUUCCUGCUAGUACUUAUGAUGGAUUGAACUCUUUGUCAUCGAAUUUUGCACCAGCUUCGAGUUCGGUGUUGUUUAUAAAUAAGCUUAAAUCGAGUUUGGUUCAUGUGUUGAUGGGAAACAAGAACCAUGGUUUGAGUUUUGAACAAGUUGUCAGACGAUUUUUCGGGAUUAGUACACCCUUAGGCGGUGUUGCUGUUGCUGCUCCCACUAAUGAUAGUGACGAAGUAAUUGAAAUUAAAGAGAAUGGCGAUUACCCACUGCAGGAGCAAGGUGAUGUUGAUGAGAACGACGACAGUGCUACUGAGUCGUCUAGCCCCGCAGCUGUAAAUGAAGAAGAUUUACCUCAAUUUGAUUAUUUAUUAAUUGAAGGCAAGAUUGAAGUCCUAUACAUAGUCAUAUCCCAUAUUGCCACCACCUAUAGAUUCAAAGACUGGAUUGAUCGAAGUUCAUCAAACUCACCUGAGUUUUCCCGCAUUGAUCCUUUCUUCAUUGACGACAACAACACAUCUACUUCUGCUAAUUCCCAAGGUGUGCAAACACAAUGGGUCCUAUUAUUUGAUAAUAACCGAUUAUACAAAAAAACCAUCCAUUAUCCACAGCUAUCAAUCCCCAAAAAACGUAAACUCGCCCCUGAAUUCCCCAACGAAUUCUACUCACCGUCAAAUUUCGACAUUGCCAUAUCCGACAUCAAGUUUGACUUGAUUGCUAAAAACAUAUUUGAAUUCAAUGCCUACUUGAUCAAACUCAAACGCAGCAAAACGACGCCCAAGUCUUUGAUCAAUAAACUUUCGAAAUCGGCCCUUGUUGAAUCGUUAUUCAACAACGAGAUCAAAAAGAGGAAAUUCAUUGCUAAUAAAAAGAAGGAGGUCCAGUUGGCAGGGUUGUUGGCAGUGAGGAAAAGAUCUUCGCGGUUGGAAGCUAGGGAACGAGAAAAGAUGCAGCAAAUGAAUCAAACUGGAUUAAGUAGUCGUCGUCGCGGUGGUGGUGACGGUGAAGGUGCAAGUGUAGGUGACAGUAAUGGAGAUCUGAGAAUGGAUAGUCAGAGACGAUUUGAAAGGAGACAACAAAGACAACAUCGUCAAUAG